AUGGAGGAAGGAUCAAUUAGCACUUCACCUCCUCCCUCUUUUCACUCCUCUCCUUCUCAUUCUGCAAUCGAUGUGGAUAACGGUGGUUCUCCGUCUACCUCCGGUUCCGGAACGGAAUCUUCUCCUUCUUCUUCCUCGCAAGUUCAGGAGGAAGAUGAGGAUCCUGGCGAGCAGGAAUCGCACCGUUUUCCUGAGCCGGAGAUAGGGCACCAGCAGGAAGAGGUUGGAGUCUCUAAUCCAGGGAGGAAUUCGCCGCAAACCAAUGGCCUUCCGUCGCUCGGAGAUGAUACUUGGUCCUGUGUCACCGUCGUCCUCACCUUCUGGUGCUUCAUUUCCAUGACUUUGAUUUUUGGAGUAUAUGGCCCUGAGAGACUGAAGUUAGGACCUAAUUGCUCGCUUCUCAUUGAACCUAAUCCCUUAUUCGUGCAGGCUGUAAAGGUAGAAGAGUUGAAUGAUUCUAGUCCUGGUCUGAUGCUGUAUGGAUUUUAUGAAUCUCCCCCACUCGAUGUUGUAGAAACGUGGUCAGACUCUCACAGUGGAAUUGUUCCUUCUAAUUCUCACGAGGCAAGUUUAUUCUUGGUAUUUAAUGUUCUUCAAAUUUUUCAGGAGUGGGUUUAUCACCUGAACGAGGGUUCCGAGAUCAAUAUCUCAUAUACUGUGAAUUCCUCAAGCUCUGCUGUCUUCCUUGUCAUUGCCCAAGGAGAAGAAGACUUCAACCAGUGGCUGGAGGAGCCAGCAUAUCCUAAUGUUACUUUGUUGUGGCAGGUUAUCCAUGGAAGUGGUGCUAUCUUCCAGAGAAUAAACAGAUCUUCACUCUACUAUGUUGGUGUUGGCAACCUGAACUCUUACAAAGUGCAGGUCCACUUAAAAAUCACAAUAAGAGCUCUGCUGUACGACACAAGUGGAGCUUAUUACAAGUGUGCAUUCCCAGGUGGCCUGUGUAGUUUAACGGUGUUGUUCCUCGCCAAAAAUCCUGUACUUUUAACUUCUCCUAGUACUGAACAGGUAUCGCCUGGAAAAGAGUGGCAUGUCAAGUUGUCCUAUGAACCAAGAUGGGCAAUAUAUAUACUUGGUAUUGCUGGAAUGUCAGCACUCAUGUUGGUGGGCUUAAACGUCUUAAACAAGUUUCGGUCCAUGAACGGAGAAAGAAAUGGAGGUGGGGGGUUAGAACCCGGUAGAGCCCCCCUACUUUCAAACAAAGAUGACGAUCUCUCAAGUUGGGGCUCAUCUUAUGAAUCAGUGUCAAGUGAAGAAAACGAUCUUGGAGAGCUUAUGGCAGGAGGUUCUGUAGAAGGGGGGAAAUCAUCGAGAGAUGGUGAAAAUAGCAGCUACACAAGGCGGCUGUGUGCCAUCUGUUUCGAUGCUCCAAGAGAUUGCUUUUUCCUGCCUUGCGGUCAUUGUGUUGCUUGUUUUGCUUGCGGAACAAGGAUUGCUGAGGCGUCAGGCAGCUGCCCUAUUUGCCGUCGGCAGAUGAAGAAGGUGAGGAAGAUCUAUACAGUUUAAGCACCCGCACCGCCAGGCUGAGGACAUGUUGGAUAGCUGCUGCGGCAAGACAAGAGCCAAAAGGGUAUUUUUGUGCACAUAGCAUUGGCUGGCAGCAAUAGUCAUCAGGGGUAAACUAGAUGCCCCAUGUCCUUCCAGUUGCUAAUUUACAUGAUCAGCUUCCGCUUCCCUUAUUUUUGUUUUUGUUUAAAGGUAAGAACUAAGAAGUCGUUAGAUAAAAGUAAAACAUUGAGGAAUGCGGGACUCCGCUAGCAGAUUCUGGAUUUGGUAGGUAUGCUGUGAAUGCUUGUUUUUUUUAUUGAAAUGAGUAGCCGCCGCCCACUCCAGAUACAUGUGACCACUGACUGGCUGGCUUUCGUAGAAGAUAUUUGCUUGUGGGGAGGGAUUAGGGAUGACAAAAAUAUCCGUAAUCGUGGAUAUUCGCCAGAAUUUGAUAUAAUCGGAUAGGGUAAAAUUCGAACCCGAAAGAUUUUUAGUGGGUACAGGUAAACCCGAACCCGAAUAUUGCGGGUAAUGAGUGGGCAUUGAUUUUUUAUUGUCCAAUCCCAACUCACCCGAUUAUACAUAAUAUGUAUUUUGUCUUCCCUAACAUAUUUAA